CGACAUAAAAAUAAAUAAUGUAAGAAAAAAAAAAGCAUGUUCUAGUUUUAAUUCUAGGAUAGGAAAAAAAAACGAGAUUCUCGGCGAAAAUUCUCUAAGAAGGAUAUUUACGGAUUCUAUUUCCACGGCAUCAAAUGUUUGAUCGUUCAUAAAUCAAUAAAUAUUGAAAACCUCAAAGUGGACGCACAACAAGUUCGAUUCGAUCGAUUAAACACAUCACAAAUCAUUCACAAGAUUUUGCGUUUUUGUUUUUGACACGAGUGUGAACAAACACACUGCACUUGCAUUCAUCAUACUUCGACACGCAUGCAUUCAAUACAAACUUUAAGAUUUUGGUGAGUACCGAAUAAAAGAGUUUUCAUGACGUCGGCGAAAUCGUGGAGAUGGCUGAUGAGAAAAAGGAGUAGCUUGCCUGAUGGGGUCUGUCUGUCUGUCCUCUUUACUUCUAGUCUGAUUAUGACCUUGGUGUUUUUUAGGGUAAAUCAAGUUUCAAGAUGAAACAGUUGCCUUUCAUGGCAGUUGUGUGUACAGUUAUGUUGUUCAUUGUAUAUAGAACUACAAAGUAUCAGUAUCAUGAAGAAGAGAUUGACAAGCAAUGGAGUUUAUGGGGAAAAACAGUGGUACCAUUGGUGUCGCAGCAGGAAUAUCCUGCAACUUCCGAGAAAUUGAAAAGCUUGCCGCGAGGUAUAAUACAAGAUAGUUCAGAUUUGGAGUUAAGGCCAUUGUGGUCGAGAAGUAAUUCGAGGUCGAAGUCUAGGGAUUAUUCUAAUCGUAACUUGCUGGCAAUUCCAGUUGGUAUUACACAAAAGCAUAAUGUCGAUGCUAUGGUGCAAAAGUUUCUUCCAGAAAAUUUUACAAUUAUUUUAUUCCAUUAUGACGGGAACGUGAAUGGAUGGUGGAGUCUUGACUGGAGUGACAAGGCUAUACACAUCGUUGCUGAGAAUCAGACAAAGUGGUGGUUUGCUAAAAGAUUUCUUCAUCCGGAUAUCGUUUCUAUUUAUGAUUAUAUCUUUCUCUGGGAUGAGGAUUUAGGCGUGGAGAAUUUUUCUCCGUCAAGAUACGUUAAAAUUGUGAAGGAAGAAGGUUUGGAGAUAUCACAACCAGCUCUUGACCCUAAUUCAACAGAGAUACAUCAUAGAAUCACAAUUAGAGCUAGAAACAAGAAAUUUCACAGAAGAGUCUAUGAACGCCGGGGAAGCACAAAGUGUUCAGAUGCAAGUGAAGGGCCACCAUGCACCGGGUUUGUGGAAGGUAUGGCUCCGGUUUUCUCUCGAUCUGCAUGGUAUUGUACAUGGCAUCUCAUACAGAACGACCUUGUCCAUGGAUGGGGAAUGGAUAUGAAACUAGGAUAUUGUGCACAGGGUGAUCGAACUAAAAAAGUGGGAGUUGUUGAUAGUCAAUUUGUUGUUCAUAAGGGGAUACAAACUCUUGGUGGAAGUGGUCAUGGUGCAACCAAGGUUUCGAGUCUUAAAAAGACAACUAAGAAACAAGGUGGAGCGACUGUUGAUGUUCGAACCGAGAUACGAAGACAGUCAACAUGGGAACUUGAAGUCUUCAAAGAACGUUGGAAUGAAGCUACUGCAAAGGACAAAACUUGGGAUGAUCCAUUCAAGAGACGCAUAAGAAGGCGCGGCAGUCACUAAGGCCAUGUUUGUUUCUGCUGUAGAUUGCGUUCGCGCCAUACCUCAACAUGGAGCAUGACCAGCGUGAAUCCAAAGACAUGCUAACUCGGUUGCUCCGAUAUGUUAAAGUUUCUUUCACAGAUGUUAUCUUUUUUAUAGCCAUAGUUGCGUAUUUUGUAGCUCUGUGAGUUCUUAAUUCAAUUCAUUUUUGAAAAAUAACACUUUUCUGUUUA